AUGGAGUGGAUCAUCACAGGUGAUGAGAUCUGGUGCAAUCACUACGAGCCAGAGACAAAGCAGUGCAUGCAGUGGAAGCAUGCAUCAUCACCUCCCCCUAAAAAGUUCAAAGCCGUGCCAUCAGCAGGCAAGGUAUUGCUCACCAUCUUUUUUGAUGUUCAAGGUUCGCUACUUGUGGAAUUCCUCGAGCACAGAAAAACCAUUAACUCCGAUGUGUACUGUGAGACACUUCGACGCCUAUGCAGAUCCAUCAAGAACAAAAGACCAGGGCUGCUCAGGGAAGGUGUGGUUGUGCUCCAUGAUAACGUGCGUCCACAUGUCUCCAGAGUCACACACAUGGAACUGGCCAAGUUCAAGUGGGAGACGUUGAACCACCCGCCCUACAGUCCUGACAUGUCGCUCUGCGAUUUCCAUGUGUUUGGUCCACUGAAGAAACACCUGAAGGGGAAGCGCUUCAACUAG